UGGUUGGUGAGCGUGCGUGGGAAUGGGAACGGAGGUGGGUAUAAAGUGGCUUCGUCGUCGAUUAUUGGAAUUCUUCAGACAGACAGACAGAUCAUCACAAGCCUCCUCAUCCUCAUUCUACACAUACACCUACACCUUGUCCACGAAACAAUAGAAAGGCAGACAGCAAGAACACUCCUCCCUCCCCACCACAUCCACCACAUCCACCACACCAACCAGCAUGCAUUUCCCCACGACCACCCUCGCACUCCUGAGCGCCCUGCUCUCGCUCAGCAGCCUAGCCAGCGCGCAAUACCCCUCCGCCGCUGCCUCGGCCACCUCCACCGCGCCCGCCAGCGCCACUUCCGGCGCCGUAACAAUAGUCCGAGUAUCUAACGCGCAGGGCGCCUUAACAUUCUCACCGUCGGAGCUGACAGCGCCUGUCGGCUCAUGGGUCGAGUUCCGCUUCUGGCCGCGCAACCACUCAGUAGUGCAGAGCUCAUUCGACUCGCCGUGCGCUCCACUCGCCAGCGGCAAGGGGAUCUUCACGGGCUUCCACUCGGUAGCGGCGGGAACGACCGACUUCCCGACAUACACGAUCCAGAUCAACGACACGAAGCCGAUAUGGUACUACUGUUCGCAGGGCCAGCACUGCCAGGGCGGCAUGGUCGGCGUGAUCAACGCGCCCGCGGACAAGAAGCUCACCACGUACGUCGCUGCCGCAAAGGCGGCCUCGGCCAACCUCUCGCCGUCCACGGGCCCCUUCGGCGGCGUCAAUGGCUCCUCGAGCACCAGCGAGGGUAAGGAUCCCUCCGCGAGCGGAAGCGGAUCCGCCGCGCAGCCGAGUGCGACCGGUGCGGCGGGUAGGGCCCAGGUGGGCGCGUGGGUUUUGGCCGCGGCGUUGGGGGUGGCUGUGGUGCUUGUUUAGAUGGUCAAUAUGGGGACGGGGCGUGGGUACUUACUUGCAUGUGCGCUUUGAUAGCGACUUGGUCGGUUUUCGGAAUUUGUACAGGCGCUUGGGUUAAUAAAACAUGAUUUGCUUGUACUUUGUGUUAUGAAUGGAUGGAUACGUAACUCACC